AUGGUAGGAAGAAGAAAAGCUUUCCUCUUUACACUCUGUUUCUUGUUCGUCUCUCUUCCUUCGUUCUCUUCCCUUCCCGCUUUCCAAACCUUGGUCCCCAAUUCUCAUUCUCUUCCUUCUGCUUCUCCCGUCUCAUUUCAACCCGAAUCCGAAUCCGACCCCAAUUCCGAGUCGUUGCUAGGCUCCGAAUCUGAAUCCGGAUCCGACUCAGAGUCGUCGGUUACUCUAAACCUCGACCACAUCGAUGCUCUCUCCACCAACAGAACACCACAAGAGCUCUUCAGCUUCCGUCUCCAACGUGACUCCCGGCGCGUGAAAUCAAUCGCCACACUCGCCGCCCAAAUCCCCAGAAGAAAUGCGACCCACGCGCCGAGAUCCGGCGCAUUCAGCAGCUCGGUGGUCUCUGGUCUCUCUCAGGGAAGUGGAGAGUACUUCACUCGUCUCGGUGUCGGAACUCCGGCGAAAUAUGUUUACAUGGUGCUCGACACAGGAAGCGACAUCGUCUGGCUCCAAUGCGCUCCUUGUCGGAAAUGUUACUCUCAAUCCGAUCCGAUUUUCGACCCGAGAAAGUCCCGGACCUACUCCACGAUCCCCUGUUCAUCACCUCUCUGCCGGCGAUUAGACUCCGCCGGAUGCAAUACUCGCCGUCGGACUUGCCUCUACCAAGUGUCUUACGGCGAUGGUUCCUUCACUGUCGGCGAUUUCUCCACCGAGACCCUAACUUUUCGUCGAAACCGCGUUAAAGGUGUUGCUGUCGGAUGCGGCCACGACAACGAAGGCCUCUUCGUCGGAGCCGCCGGUUUGUUAGGUCUCGGAAAAGGAAGACUAUCGUUUCCUGGUCAAACAGGUCACCGGUUCAAUCAGAAAUUCUCUUACUGCUUAGUCGACAGAUCCGCUUCCUCGAAACCUUCCUCCGUCGUCUUCGGAAACGCCGCCGUUUCACGAACCGCGAAAUUCACGCCGCUUUUGUCAAACCCGAAGCUCGACACUUUCUACUACGUGGAGCUUCUCGGAAUUAGCGUUGGCGGGACACGUGUCCCCGGCGUAGCGGCUUCUCUUUUCAAACUCGACCAGAUCGGUAACGGUGGAGUCAUAAUCGAUUCAGGUACUUCUGUGACCCGGUUGAUCCGACCAGCUUACAUCGCUAUGAGAGACGCGUUCCGGGUCGGAGCCAAGACCCUGAAACGAGCACCGGAUUUCUCUCUCUUCGACACGUGUUUCGAUCUCUCCAAUAUGAAUGAGGUUAAAGUCCCGACGGUGGUUUUACACUUUCGUGGAGCUGACGUGUCACUGCCGGCGACGAACUACCUGAUACCGGUGGAUACUAACGGUAAAUUCUGUUUUGCGUUUGCCGGUACGAUGAGUGGACUAUCCAUUAUUGGGAAUAUCCAGCAACAGGGUUUCCGGGUCGUAUACGACUUAGCUGGUUCCCGAGUCGGGUUUGCUCCACGAGGAUGCGCUUAA